UAGAAUCGCUGCACACUAGAUGCAAAACAUCUGUCAGAGUUCAUGAUCGAAAAUUUCAAGCACGAUGGUGCAACAAAUUUCAAUGACCGGUGAAAUUCUCCAAUUUUACCUUUAAAUUAUGCCAUCUUGAUACUUCCCGCAAGCUCGCAAGUAGGAUAGAAAGGCCUUAACGAUAGUAGCAACAAGAAACUACUUGAGAAACAGAAACAGACGGCUUAAUUGCAAUAUCUGAUUUAUUUCUUGUAGCGAUCCAGCAACUAUUGAAAUGUCACUAGUAUUUGCGAAGCAUUUCCUGAGUAGAAGAUCACAACGGAGCAAUGCAAUUGGAGCAUUUACGUUGUGCUAUUGCUUCACGCUGGCUCCUCUUCUACAGCUACCGUAUCUUCCGAAGGCAAGCUGUAGUUUCCUCAGUUUCAAACCAUUGUCGGCCUUGAAUGAGCCUCAAGAUCCUACGGAAGUACCUCAAACAUCAUACAUCCCAUUUAGAAGUUUACCAAAAGAAAAGUUCAAAAGACUGGUGCCGUAUCUACACUACGAUGAUGAUGAUAUAUUGGAACCCCUGCAGAUUCCCCGAAAAUAUCCACCCCCAAUGGGACGUCUGGAGGAAGCGUUUCCCAUGAUAGGAGGAGCAUUUGCGGUGGGAUUUGCCGGUGGAGGCGCCUAUGGUAUUGCGGAAGGUUUCGCUGCAAUUUUUAACAAUCGUGGACGAGUUCGUGUCACACAGAUUUUCAAUCAUUUUCUGAAACGAGGAAGAUCUCUUGGCAAUACGCUGGGAGUAGUUGCGUUGCUAUACUGCUCUACAGGUGUGUUGUUUCAUUUGGCAAGAGGUGGGAAGGAUGAUGCAUGGAACACCAUUGCGGCUGGUGGAGUAACCGGAUUAAUGAUGGAGUCAUCAAAAGGUCUCCCGCGAAGUACAAAAGUAGGUAUCGGAAUAGCUCUCAGUGCUUUGCAUGUUUUGGUUGAGCAUGUGAAAAGAGUUGUAUUUGGAUGAAUGAAAAUACAAAUUGGAAACUA